UCGUAGCAGGAUCGUAGCGCAUCUGCUGGCAACACCACUGCAGUGAGACGUCAAUGUGUUAAUUCCAAUUUAGAAACAAUAGCUAAUCAACCGUCCUCGAUUUUUUAAAGUAUUUAUAAUGUAGCUAACCUAACCUAAUAGACCAUUAGUUAUUUUGAGUUCAAAACAAACAUACAAAGACCCACAUGGCGAAAAAAAAAAAUGGCGAUGGCAGCACCAUUGUACAGAUGGCGCUGAUCAUUGGGGAUUCUCAGGUCAAGUACCUGAACCAGUAUCUUUGGGAUGGAAUUAAUUGCAUUCCUAAACCAGGGUACAACGUUCAGGAUCUUGUACCGAUUAUUGAAGAGGUUGGACCUUACUUCAAUAAAGUAGUCCUCCAUUACGGAACCAACAAUGUGCUGAGCGAGGAUGCAGUGACCAUCGUCGACCAUAUUUUGAAUUUUGCAGAGACCUUGAAGAGGGUAAAUUCAUAUGCUACACUGAUGGUGUCAGGCAUCCUACCAAGGAAAAUGAAUGGCAACCGCUGUGAAACAUCUGGCCAGCGUGUUGCUGGGAUGAAUGCCAAGAUUUCUUUUUGCAGCCAGGAAUGAUUUAUUUUGAUGGACUUCACAUCACGGCUCAAGGUUGCAAGUUGCUGUGCAGAUCCUAUGGGAAGUUUUGCAAGAGUAAGGUGCCCAUCAAAUUGUCUGUUCCUACAGAACAAAAUGUUGCUGUUGUUCCCAGGAUGACUACUACAAUUUCUAGUGAGCAGCAAGAGGUCGCGGCAUCUUUACCUUCUUAUGAAGACUUUCCUUCCCUGGAAGAAUCUUGUACACAGAAGCGUUUUGUCCCCGCUCAGGUUCCAAAAGCCAAAAAAACUAGGUACCUGCUUUUCAGAGAAUGUCUCAGUGUUCGAAGGUUUUGCCUAGCCAGUUUACUUCAAUUUCUUGUGUACCUUGUGUAGUCCAAUUCCUUUGCCCCAGUAAAUCCUGUUGUGUCAUCAGCUGUUGAGUCUUUUAAAAGCAAUUUUCAGGUUCCUGUGUCUACCCCAUCUUCUGGACAGUCAUCAUCUCAGGCUAAAGUGUCUGGGCCACUACACAACGUACAUUCUGCACCUCAUUCACCACUGCCAUUGACAUCACAGCCAAAAGCAAAUCACCUCCUUUUAACAUGUUCUUAGAAAUAUUUUCCCCCCAAAACCCUCAAACAACAUCUUUUUCGAAUAAGAAAAGUGAAGUGGCAGCAAGCAAUUUCCCGUGAAUAAAGCAACUUCUACCUACUUAUCUUUAGUUUUUAUUUAUGCUUGUACUAUUAUGAAUUGCAAAACAACAUAAUAAUUACUGGUUAUGACACUUGUUUUGCAUUUAAAAAGUAUGGCUUAUGUAAACAAACAUGUGAUUUAAUGAUACUCUUGCACAAUAAAAAUGAACAUUAAAGUGAGUGAUUGUUUUAUUCAACUACCAGAAGCAGAAGGAACUUAUUUUACAAAAUUAGUCUUGUCAUUGAUUCAUGCAAAUCAUUAAUAUUUUGUACAUACAUAUUUAAUCUAAAGCAAUUAAUUUUAAGAAAAUAAAUUUAUGUAUGUGAUAUUUUACACAAUAAAUAAAAACAAUUUCACACUAAAACACAAGAAAUUAAAUUUGGAAUCAAAUCAUGUAUGUAUCACCAAAAACCAAGAAUCAGCUAGGAACAUGCUUCCCAAAAGGUCGUUAUUCAUACCCUUAAAAAAUUAUUUAUUUAAUUGAACCCACCCCAUUAAUCAUAUUACUUAGUUAUUUAGAAUACAGACUUAUUUUAGCAAAAAUAAUUUUUUUUUUUUGGCGAUUUCAAAAGUGGAGUGGCAGCAAGGAAACACUUUCCCGAGGAUCACCAGCUCCUAACUACUGAUAUUUUUAAGAUUAUAAAUUUUUGUAUUAAUGUAUAGGGUAUUUAACACAAGAAAAAAAAUACAUUUUCACACUAAAUGACAAGAAAAAAAAUUAAAUUUGGAAUCAAAGCAUGCCUGUGUAUUACCUACCAAAAACCGAGGGUCACCAACACCUAACUACUGAUAUUAAGAUAUAAAUGUUUGUAUUUAUGUUUUGGAUAUUUUACACAAGAAAAAAAUACAUUUUCACACUUAUUGACAAGAAAAAAAAUUGGGAAUCAAAGCCUGCCUGUGUAUCACCUACCAAAAACAGUGUGUCAGCAAGGAAACCCUUUCCCGGGGAUCACCAACACCUAACUACUGAUAAUUUUAAGAUAAUACAUUUUUGUAUUUAUGUUCUGGAUAUUUUAAAUACGAAAAAAAAUACAUUUUCACACUAAUUGACAAGGAAAAAAAUUAAAUUUAGAUCAAAGCAUGCCUAUGUAUACCUACCAAAAACAGUGUCAGCAUGGAAAUACUUUCCGAUGGGUAGCUGCUAUUUCAUAUAUGUACUAUAAUAGUACAAGGUACAAGUACCUACUUUUAUCAGUAAUAAAGUAGUUAGGUACUUUAAAUACAGCAUUUAUAUAGUUU